GCUGAAGCCGGGAGCUCGGCGCGGCAGCGGCAACAGCAGCAGCGUCUGACACAGCCGCGCAUCCGCCUCCUUCCCUCCCUGCCGGCUCAGGGAGACCCAGAGGCCGAGCGCUGCUCCGACACCCUCGCCAGCCCCGGCCCGGCUCGGCCUAGUUGAUUAACCGCAGCGCCGAAAUUGCCUACCUCUCGCUCCCGGCUCCUUGCUUCCGAGGAGAGGAAUUUCCCUCAGCUUCCCCUCAUCCCUUCCUUCCUCCUCAUCUCUCCGUUAUCCCCUCCCUCCCUCUCCUGACCCAGCGCGCCCAUUUUCUCGCUCGGCUUUUCCUCCAUUCGCAUCCCUCAACCAUGAGGCUGAAGGGCCGGGGGUGCUGCGCCCCGGGCGGAGGCAACGGAGGAGGCGGCGGCGGGGAGGAGGAGAAGCAGCCACAGCAGCAGCCGCCCGGGCCGGCCCCUCCGCCGGUGCGGAGCCCCUUCGCGCACCACCUGCGCUUCAGCGCCCUGCAGAAAGCCAAGAUUGCCUUCAUGACGCUGACCCUGUUCCCCAUCCGGCUGUUUUUUGCUGCUUUCAUGAUGUUGCUGGCCUGGCCUUUUGCAUUCAUCGCCUCCAUGGGACCUGCCGACAGAGAGAUAGAAAAACCCCUCUCCUGGUGGCGAAAGUUUGUGGAUGUCAUGCUGAAGGCCAUCAUGAGGACCAUGUGGCUUGCUGGGGGAUUCCACUGGAUCAAUGUGAAGGGCAGGCAGGCCUUGCCCACUGAAGCAGCAAUAUUGACUCUGGCUCCACAUUCCUCGUACUUUGAUGCUAUACCUGUAACAAUGACCAUGGCCUCCAUUGUCAUGAAAGCAGAAAGCAAAGAUAUUCCUGUUUGGGGAACUCUAAUCAAAUACAUUCGACCCGUGUUUGUAUCUCGAUCAGAUCAGGAUUCCCGCAGGAAAACUGUUGAGGAGAUAAGGCGGCGUGCUCAGUCAAAUGGCAAAUGGCCACAGAUUAUGAUAUUCCCAGAAGGAACAUGCACUAAUCGAUCCUGCCUAAUUACCUUCAAGCCUGGAGCAUUUAUCCCUGGAGUGCCUGUCCAACCUGUGAUUUUACGUUAUCCAAACAAACUGGAUACAAUUACGUGGACGUGGCAGGGUCCAGGAGCGUUGAAAAUUCUGUGGCUUACUUUAUGUCAGUUUCAUAAUUUUGUGGAAAUAGAGUUCCUGCCUGUGUAUAUACCCUCUGAAGAAGAAAAGAGAAACCCAUCUCUGUAUGCAAAUAACGUGAGACGGAUCAUGGCACAGGCUUUGGGGGUUCCAGUAACAGACUACACUUUUGAAGACUGCCAGCUAGCUUUGGCUGAAGGACAACUUCGUCUCCCUUCAGACACCUGCCUCUUAGAAUUUGCAAAGCUUGUGAGAAGCCUUGGAUUAAAGCCAGAGAAGCUUGAAAGAGAGCUUGAUGCAUAUUCAGGAAAUACCAAGAGAAUGAAAGACAAAAGGGUCAGUCUCAAGGAGUUUGCGGAAUACCUAGAAGUCCCAGUUUCUAACACAUUAGAAAACAUGUUUGCACUUUUUGAUGAGAAGGAAGGUGGUCUGAUUGACUUAAGAGAAUAUGUAAUCGCUUUGUCAGUAGUCUGUCGGCCAUCCAAAACCUUGCAAACGAUACAGCUGGCUUUUAAGAUGUAUCAGUCAGAAACUGGAGCUCUAACAGAAGAAGAUUUAGCUUGCAUUUUAAAGACUGCCAUGGGAGUUUCAGAUCUUAAUGUGUCAAACCUUUUCAGAGCUAUAGAUGUCGACAAAAGGGGGGAAAUUACAUACGAGGAUUUCCACAAGUUUGCCGAAAUGUAUCCAAACUUUGCUGAGGAGUAUUUAUAUCCCGAUCAAAUGGAGACUGAUAGCUGCCCUGCUCCUAACGGUUUCUGUACAGACUUCAGCCCAGAAACUACUGAAGACAGAAGAAAUCACCUGCAGAAGAAACUGAAUUAAUGUUAACAAUUCCAGCGUCCUCUUCUGGUGAGAGGAGCGUGUCCUGUCUUGGGCUCGUCAUAGUCACACAACUAUGUAAUCUGAAGUAUGUGAGGGGUGUGUGAGACAGAGAGGAAAGUGUGUGUGUGUGUGUGUGUGUGUGUGUGUGUGUGUGUGUGUGUGUUUGUGAGAGACAGAGAGAGAGAGAGAGAAGAUUUUGCUGCAUUAAUGAGCAUCUUCAGACUUCCUGUUUGGAAGAUCUUGGUUUUUUCCAUCUGCAUCUUGGAAAGUAAAGAAUGUAAAUGAACUUUUAAUUUGUGUACUUAAAAAGAAGAUGCUUGCAUAUUUAUAUUCCAUUGUUUAGUUCCAUGUACAAAGUGUCCUACAAAGUGUGCAUGUGUAAAGAAUACUGUAGCUCCUAUGGUGUUAAGUGCACUUCGGUGAUUAGUGUUAUUCCUGUUUAGGGAAUUGUUUGGGUUCAAGUUCCGCUUUCCUUCUUCAUGUGAAGACACAACUAUUUACUGCUGACUGUGGUCACUGGUCUUCUGAACAAGGCUAGCUCAAUUUAGCCCUUUUGUUUUCAUUUCAGCAAACAGUUAAAGGAAGAAAAGUAUGCAAAAAUAUUUUUAACUAAGGAAUUUUUAAAAUUAUUUUUCUUGUAAGAGGACUUUUUUGCCAUUCAGUUCAUGGUAGUAUUAAAAAUUGGAAGGGUGCGGUUGUU